CACGUGUAUUUUUAUGGUUUGUUUGUUUUGAUCUUGUUUUUCCGGUUUUAAGUGAAUACUGUUUAUUCAAAUUACAUUCUUAAAAAUUAGUAUAUCAUAUUUUAACCUCAUUUUACAUUAUGUUAAUUGAAUAGUCUUGAAAUAACAAGAUAAAAAGACAACCUGUUUAUUUAAUAAUGGGCAUAAAUCGUUAUUAAUAACUGACCUCUCCGUUUCAAGAUAGAUAACAAAAUGAAUUGUCAUUUUGAUUAGUCAACAGAUUAAUCAGUGUAGAAUGAAAAUUGUUUAUGAAAGAAGUAUGGAAUCUACUUAGAAAACGUUGAGGAUUAAAAUAAAUGUGGUUAGUGAUAGAAUUUGAUAGUUAGUGAAAAUUGUUUGAAAAGCGACACAAUCUCCGUUAACCGUCCUACUUUUUAAGAAAGCUCCCUCUGCAUCCGUUUUAUUAGUAGAUACUUUCACGGUCAUAUUUGCUACAAACCCACUUGUCAGUGUUCAGUAUAUGUUUAGAUUUGAACAACGCCAGAAUAAACACUAAUAGAAUUUUAAUCAAAACAUAGAAAUAACAUUUAUAUAAAUUAAAAUGUACGAUUUUAAUUGGGUCCAACUUGUAAUGUGUUUAAUGACCGUAAUAAUGGUGUUUAUGUCGGGUAUUUUAAACAAUUUUGAAAAAUAUUUACCUAAAUCGGUCAGCAGUUCGUUUCGUUAUGGAAAAUUCGCUGGCGAAAAAAGUGCGAUCUUGGAGGUUCCAAAAGCUUGGUUCAAACAUUUUUACGUAUUUUCUUCGAUUGCAUCAGUAGCUGCAUUUGUGCUUUUCGUUAAAGUUUAUUGUUACGAUUAUGAAACGCCCGAUUUUAUUUUGGAUGGAUUAGAUUUUGCGUUGGGGGCGAAAAGACAAAUUUCUGCGAAUCCAUCAAGAUCGUUUUUGGCAAUGUUUUUAAUAACAUUACAAUGCGUUCGACGACUUUACGAUACUCAAUUCGUGUCUGUUUUUUCGAAAAAAGCGAGAAUGAAUAUUACGCAUUAUUCCGUUGGUUUUAUUCAUUACGCCGCUGUAAUGAUAACACUUUUAGGGGAAGCACCUAAAUUUACAAGAGAUACAGUGAAUAUGGAGAUUAACUUAAAACCAACGGAUUUCAACGAAAUUGAUGUUUUUGCUACUUAUACAUUUUUAUGGGCCUGGGUUCAUCAAUACAAAGCUGCCGUCAUCUUAGCCAAAUUAAGAAAAAACGAAAAAGGUGAAGUGGUUAGUCAAUCUUAUCAACUUCCUCGUGGAGAUUGGUUCGACUACAUUUCAUCACCACAUAGUUUUGCAGAAAUAUUAAUGUAUAUUUGUCUUUUAAUGAUUAUACCAAGAAAUAUCACUUGGUGGUGUAUAACCGGUUGGGUUUUAUCAAAUCAAGUUGAAACAUCGCUUUUAACUCAUUGGUGGUAUCAAGAAAAAUUCGAAGAUUUACCAAAGAAUAGAAAGGCUGUUUUCCCGUUCUUUUUAUAAAUUAAAAACAAGUUACCAAUUAUCUCUAAUUUAUAAGUACUUUAGAAGAUCGCCAAUGGAAUGUGUGACGAAAUCAGGCACCAAAUCCAAAUCGCUU